AUGAAUGGAUUGAUGCCAUUGAGAAUCAUGGGUUAUAGAAAAAUCAAUAAAGGUGUACUUCUUCGUUUUUUAUUUGAAGGAAAAAUUAUAAAAUGGUUGAAACUACAGGAUGCAUUAGAAGAAUAUCCCGAUAUAACUGACGACUAUUUAGAUGAUUAUCCUGAUUUGCAGGAUUACCAUUUGGAUCACACUGAUGAGUAA